GCGGCGCGUGCGCUCCAACUCACAAACAAACCAUUCUUGCAGUAGUGAUGUGUCGGUAACAUGUCUAGUGAGGGCUCAGUGACGUCCAGUGGAUCCCGGAUCCGACAAUUCGGGUUGUACAGGACUAUCGAUGCUAGGACCGAGGAGUUCCUAAGGUCGUCCAGGAAAAGGCAGAUAAGGCAAGGAUGCGCCUGCGCUGCUAUUUCUACCGCGAUCACAGUUACCGUUGUCGUUACCGUGAUACUGGUCUACGAAUACAGCAUCAAUUCACAAGCAAAUGUAAAUAAAAAAGUUACAACAAAACCCAACUGGAUUGGUCUAAUCAAUGAUAGCGAUAUUACAUCGAUAAACUCUAAGUUUAAUAAAAAAAUUAACUUUGAUAGAACAACACUAAAAUUAUUGCCUAUAUUAUUGAAUGCGUUAAACAAAAAUCGAUAUUUAGAAAAAAUCUUAGAAGACUACUCGAGUUCCAGCCCACCUUUUGCGGGAAAAGACUCUACUGAAACAUUUACAAGAAAUGUAUUUGCUGAUUCCAAAAAUUGGUUAAAAUUACCAACAACAAGACACUACACAGUUGAUUACAAAACUUCGCCCUUAAUUUUCUGGAAAAAUCCAACACAACGUCAAGAUUACCUUACUAAAAUAAGAAAGAUAAGAGAUUACAAAAGAAUGUUAAACUAUUUUGACAAAAUGGUCAAUGAUAAAAAUGGCAGCAAUCAGAAAAAAGACUUUGAAUUCACUGAAAAGCCAUUCAUUGCAGAGACAGUUCCCAUGAAAAAAGCCAAGCCCAGAAAAGUGCCACAAUACCAACCUCCCGUUCACUCCAAUGAUGAAAGAAAUGAAUAUAAAUCAGGAGAAAAGGGCGCCCAAUCUAGUUGCAAAUGUCCGAAGAGAUUAGGUAGCUUAUUAACCAAAUUAAUAGCUGGGAUACAAGAUAUAAUUCCUCAUAUUAUUAAUAAUCAAAUGAAUCCCCAUACAUGUAAUAAGACAAAAUCAGUUACGGUUCCAAUUCCACACAAAACUCUUCAUGAAAAUGAAAGAAAACUAAGAACUGAAACACUACUAUCAAAUGAAGUAUACACAGCGCUUCCAUUAAAACCAUAUUUUGAUAUUGUACAUAAACCUAGAAGAAAAUUUCAUCAAUCAGACAAAUUUAAAGCAACCACGAGUAAAAGUACUUCUCCUAGUACCACAUCUGCCACACCAUCAACUACCAGCACUACUUCUAGUGCGACAUCAACUACUAGUACGACUCCUAGAACGACUACAACGAGUACGACUACAACUACUUCAACUACACCUCCUAGGACAACUUCAAGAACGACUACCACAACUACUACUAUGACUACUUCUUUUACCACACCUACAAUGUUCACCUCUACUAUUGAUCCCAGUACAACAACUAUUGAUGAUCAAUCACUAUCUGUUGAAAUUAAAGAUAGUAAAAUACCUUUGGAACAUAAUACACUACGAAUGCCAAAAAAAAUGAAUAUGUUACUAUCUCCCUUAGAAACAAACGAUAAAAAUAUCUAUGACUACGAUUUCAUAUUUAAACCAACUGACUUUAAUAUAGAAACUACAAAAAAAUCAGACAUGAAAACUCCAACAACAGAAAUGUUUGUUCCAAUCAAAUUUAUUGAUUCUUCUCAUGAAAGUUCUACCACUGAAAAAUGGGUAGAGACGGUAAGCUCACAUCGUCCACGAAUGCAUGUACCUUUAUUCAAAGAAGAAGAAUACGAUGAUUACUUCAUCACAACACCCAGCAGAACUAUGGGUGAACUAGAAAACCUCGAACUUCCUAAUAUGAAAUUAAUAAAAAAUAAAAUGACAAGUCUUAACAGCCCCCCACCGACUGGAAUUCGUAAAAUGAUUGUUAAAUACAAAACUACCAGUUUUCGUCCGGUGAAUAAGCCAGAAGACUUAGAUUUGGCUUCGAUGCGAAAAAUGGCCGAUUUGAUAUAUUCGCCUCAAGAAAAAACUACAAAAGACACAAAAUAUACAACAGAAACUAAAGCUCCUGUUCCAUUCUACGGAAAAUACAGUGAUCCAACGUUACUUAUUGACUUUAAAUCAACCAAUUCUGUAGAUAACAAUAAAAACACUAGAAUCCCUCAUUCAACUACUUCAAAAGAUACAAAACGAGUGUCAAAGCCAAUGUCUGAAAUGAAAAUGGAUAAUGACGACGCAAAACUUAACGCUGAUCUACAUAUGAGCGAAAAUGUAUUAGACGAUGAAUUUCAAGACGAAGAUGGUUAUAGACAAAUAGAUAUCACAACUAAAAUUCCCGAUAAGUAUUUAAUAAGCCCACCUAUUCCAGAAGAUUGUAACAAAACUAUUGAUGCGCAUAGAGAUGAGAUAAAAACACCAGAUAAGUGGGAACGGACAAAAAAUGAAGAAAAACUCAUCCACAAACCAUCUAAAUCAAUGUUGCCUUCGAUGCGGCCAAUAUACUUACACAUUCAAAGAAAUAACGAAUGGCGACAAGAUGCCGAUUACGAUAUUAAUUUUAACAACAAUAUAUUUGAUUUACCAAAUAAUAUUAAUUAGUUUAAUCUAAACCAAACAAUACUUAAAUUUAUUAAGUAGUUCUCUUUAAAGUUUUUAAGGAAUUAUUAUCGUAAUUGGAUCAUUUGUUUCAUUCAUAUAUAUACCUGGAUUGGAGUUUGAGUUUAAUGAAAAUAAAAUUAAUGUCAAUGUUUUCUUAUCGAAUACCCACGAGUUUCACUGUAUAUACCGAAUAAAACUGUAUGAAGAUCAGGGUCAAGAUGCAGGUUUUAUGUGCUGGUAAUUCUUCUGAUCUACGAAUACGCGAUAGCUGUAGAAUGGAGUUUAGUACAAAAUAAACAAAUCACUAAUAGAUCCAACGCCACCUGGAGGGACCAGCCUUUUGCCGAUAGACUUGACCGCAGUUACUUUGGACUCGAUCAAGAUUAUUAUGAACGUAUGCCUUUGCUAAUUAAUGCUUUGCAAGAAAGCAGUUACUUUGACCCAACCAUUGAAACAACAGGGUCUUUCGCCAAGAGACGAUACAACAUGACAAUAAUAAAACCGACAACAACGAAACCGACUUUUAAGCCCAGUCCAGUAAGAAGGACAAGUCCUCGACCCUUUUUCUUUGAAUACAGAAGUCCCACUCCACUACCCUUUAGUAAAACUUAUGGCUCAAGAAGUUGGAUAGAACGAUAUCGAAACGAAGAAAGAUUAAAAAAUAUUCGCCAGAUAAUAAAAUAUUUGGAAACCACAAUUAACGCUAAGUCUGGAGACUUACAUUCUAAGCCCUCAAGCACGCACAUUGCUUUUACUGGUGUUUAUAUUGAACCAAUGCUAGAUCAUAAAGGCGUUGAUAUAGAUCCUAAGUCAGACUUGCAACAAGAAAGCUCAGAAAACAUAAAUCAGUUUAAAUCGAACCAUCUAGCAGAUCCGCUCUUCAAUUUCAAACCAGAAAGUCCUGGAGAAGUCAAUCUGUUAGCUGACGACUUUUUACGAUUUGCACCUAUUCCUACACCGAGUCUAGAUACUGUGCACAAUCAUCCAAUGUUCCGACAGAUUCCAUUUAACAAAAGGAAUUGUCUGGGUAACAAAUGUGAACAAAAUUUUCCAAGUUCUAUUGAAAUAAAACCAACUGAAGCUCCACCACUGAGUACUACCAAAUCAUUUAGUGUUAUGCUCAAUUUGUUUCCCAUGAAAAAGGAACCCACGACCACUUUAAAAUCUUUAGAUAAUAUUUACCUUACAACUUCACGACCUUUGAUACAAUUUAAAAGAAAGUCCAAUGUCGCUUUUCGGCGAAUAUUUACUCCGUAUAAGAGACCAAAAUAUUUAAGCAACAUUAUAAAUAAACAAAAUAAAGUUAUAAAGCCUAAGGAGAAUCAAAAUAAAGAAACACCAACUGCGGAAGGUACACAAAUGAUUGUACACGUUAAAGUGUAUAGUCCUAACGAAAAAACCGAAUUGAAAAACGAAACAACUAAAGUGCAUUCUACGAUACCGUCAACACAAACGAAUCCUUACACUACAAAGGCUCCUAUCGAAUUAUCGACAUCACAAAUAGAAGAUCAUCACAUAGGUAGCUCGGGUUACAUACCAGUUGAAGCUAGUACAGAACCAACUCUUCCAAAAGUGACAACCAUAUUACCAUUCUUUGAAUCGACAACUGAGCAUUGGCCAGCUCCCACUGAAGUAUUUCAAUUCAAUGCCGAAGACGCAAAAGUGCCUAAUCAGUAUCUAGAAUUAGAAAGAAGAAGUAAUAACCGUCAAAGUAUACAGAUUAGUAGACGGAAUUCUGGCGAAGAAAUCAAUGAUCAUGAAGAGUUGAGUACACUUAUUGUUAAACUUAAAAAUGAAUACGUAAGAACUACCACAGAAACUUCUUUGCUUAAAAGUACAGAGAAAGUAGAGGAAACCACAACAGAGUGGACGUAUGUACCCCAAAUAAAUGGUCAUUACAGACACAUUAAUCAAAAUUCAAAGAAUGGUGAUACUGAGUUGAAUGCGAAUCCAGAGAAUAAUAGAAAAAAGCGUUUAGAGCAAUCAGUAUCGGGUUAUCGUACUUAUGUCCCCAUGUAUGUAGAAAUUAAAAGAAAUCGUAGCCAAACUCCGACCAGCGAUUCUGAGGAAAUUGUUGAUAACAAAGACAGUAAAUAAUGAUUUGUUUCAUUGUGAUUUUAAUGUAAAAUGUUCUAUGUAGUGUAACGAUAAUUAGUUCUAAUUGUAAAUUAUAAAAAUACUUAUUUAUUUUCUGUGUCCCACCGACUUUACUUAUUGCCCAUUAUUAUGUGUCUUGUGCUCAUUUCAAUUUUGUGG